AUGAAAGAAGUAGUUUUCGUUGUGUUUCUUGUUCUACUUGUUAUAGUUUCAGAUGCGGAAGUAACUAAACCAAAUAAUGGAAACUUCCUCCGGUGCCUUCAUGAUCGGACCAGACAGGAGAAUCCGAUCACCGAAGCCCUUUAUACUCCCGAUAACUCAACAUUCGUGUCAACUUACGUGUCCUACACGAAAAACAAAAGGUACUCAAACCCUAACGACACAAACCUAAUAACCAUCAUUGCCGCAAAACAUGAAUCUCACGUUCAGGCAACCGUGGUCUGCGCAAAGUCCAACGGAGUCCAGAUACGAAUCCGAAGCGGCGGUCACGACUACGAGGGUCUUUCGUACAUCUCGUCUGUGCCAUUUGUUGUUCUUGAUAUGCACAAUCUCCGGUCUAUUACCAUUGACGUGUCCAGCAAGAAAGCUAAGGUUCAAGCUGGUGCGACCUUGGGAGAGAUCUACACCAAAAUCGCUGAAGCAAGCAAAACGCUAGCGUUUGCGGCUGGCGUUUGCCCCACUUUAGGAGCGGGAGGACAUAUCAGCGGCGGAGGAUACGGUAAUCUGAUUAGAAAAUACGGAAUCUCGGUGGAUCAUGUCGUUGAUGCUCAGUUAGUUGAUGUCAAUGGCAAGAUCUUGAAUCGAGCCUCCAUGGGAGAAGAUUUGUUUUGGGCGAUUCGUGGCGGUGGUGGUGCUAGCUUCGGUGUAAUCCUCUCGUGGACGAUUAACCUCGUUGAGGUCCCAAAGACUAUUACAGUGUUUAAGGUCAACAAAACAUUAGAACAAGGAGCCACUGAUGUUCUCUACAAAUGGCAGCUUGUCUCUAGCAAAUUGCCUAAAGAGCUUUUCUUGAGAGCAAUGCCUCAGGUCGCAAAAGGAGCGAAAUCCAAGGGUAAAACCAUCGCGGUUAACUUUUACGCUCAGUUCUUAGGCUCAUCAACGAAGCUCAUGAAGAUUAUAAACAAGAACUUGCCUGAAUUAGGACUAAAACGUGAAGAUUGCUAUGAAAUGAGUUGGCUUAAUACGACAACGUUUUGGGCGGAUUAUCCGGUUGGGACACCGACGAGCGUUCUUCUGAAAAGACCAUUGGAGCCACCAGGAGCAUUCUUCAAAAGCAAAUCUGAUUACGUCAAGAAACCGAUCCCAAAAGAAGGAAUGAAAAAGAUUUGGAAAACAAUGUUGAAAUUUAACAAUGUGUGGAUGCAGUGGAACCCUUACGGCGGAGUGAUGGACCAAAUUCCGGCGAAUGCCACCGCGUUUCCUCACCGGAAAGGAAACUUGUUCAAGAUUCAGUACUUUGCGUUAUGGAUCGACGCAAACGCCACAGACGCUAAUCUCGGUUUGAUGAAAGAACUUUAUGAGAUGGCGAAGCCGUACGUGUCAAGUAACCCAAGAGAGGCGUUUUUGAAUUACAGAGAUAUCGAUGUUGGAAGCAAUCCGAGUGGAGAGACAAAUAUUGAAGAAGCUGACAUUUAUGGAUCCAAGUAUUUCUUGGGGAAUUGGAAAAGACUGAUGAAUAUUAAAGCUAAGUAUGAUCCUAAGAAUUUCUUCAGGUACGAACAGAGUAUUCCUCCUGUUCGUGCUAUGUGA